CUGCAGUUACAGGGACAUGGAAGUGACAACCCUAUUGACAUGGAUAGAAGAAAAGAUGCUGGAAAGGCUGCUUGGGAACGCAUCUUUGACUCUUCUUUAUGAGUCUAGUGUUCACAAACUUGUCGAGAUGAGUAACAAAUGUUCCCUUCAGGGGUCCACAAUGACAGUAUUUCACCUGAAGCAAGAUAUAAUUGUGGGUGUUUUUAUGCUGGAGGAUUUUCCCAGUUUAGACUCUGAAAAGCUAUGUACUUGUGCUUGGUUUUCAUUGAAAAAGAAUAAUAGCUCUGAAAUACGAGCUUUAUUUCUCAACACACAAGUAACAGUUAAUUCUACAGGUCUGCAUAUGAUCUCACCCGGUAGUUUGACACUCACUGUGGAUUUUCGCUUUGGAUGCACACUUUAUCUAAAUGAUGAAGCAAUAGAGGAACUAGAACUCAAUCCUAAAUAUGACUCUCGAUGUUGGCAAUGUGAAAUUUUUCGAGUUGAUGGCAUAAAGAAAAAUCCAGGCUUCAUAAAGAAGAUGGUGACCGCCAAACAGCACCGAGAAAAAUUACUCUCUGCUCUCAAAGCCUACAGGCCUUAUGAGCACUUGGUUUCAGAAGUGCACAUUCUCUUGGUGGGCCCAGUAGGUUCAGGAAAGUCCAGCUUUAUCAACUCAGUGAAGUCUGCUUUCCAAGGCCACCUAACUCGCCAAGCCAUCGUGGGAUCUGACGAAAGCAGCAUCACCAAGCAGUACAGAGUUUAUUCUAUUAAAGAUGGAAAAAGCGGGGAAACACUCCCAUUUAUGCUGUGUGACUCAAUGGGGCUAGAGGAAGGGGAGGAAGCAGGGCUGUGCAUGGAUGACAUUCCUCACAUCUUAAAAGGCUGUGUACCAGACAGGUAUCAGUUCAAUCCAUGUAAGCCAAUUAAGCCGAAGCACUUCACUUCCGCCGUCUCUCCACCUCUGAAGGACAGGAUUCACUGCGUGGCUUUUGUCCUGGACAUCAGCUCUGUUAAUACACUCUCUGAUAAAAUGCUGGGAAAGCUGAAAAAGAUCCACAAAGAUGUAGUAGACUGUGGUGUAGGACACGUAGCCCUGCUUACAAAUGUGAAGAACUACGAUGAAGUUCUUGAUGACAAUUUUGUCAACAUGGCAGAAAGUGUGACUUCUCUAAGCCAGGUACAGAAUGUUCAAAAGAUGCUGAAUAUUCCUAUAGCUAAUAUCUUGAUGGUCAGCAAUUAUGCUUCGGAACGAAGGUUGGAGCCUAUGAAGGAUAUUCUGAUCUUUGCUGCACUCGGGCAGAUGUUGAGGGCUGCAGAUGAUGCCUUAGAGGACUUGCCUCUCGAGGACGCUGGUAACCUGGAUCCGUUCUAAAGCACUGUCUUUUGGGAAACCCUCAGCUGUAGUUCAGCGGGGUGUUUGGGGACCAUUUUCCUAGCCCUGGCGUGUAUUGUAAUAUGUGCUAAUUUCUGCUUUUGCUUGUCUUGUUUUGGAGCAAUUUGAGGAUUGGCACAUGCUCCUGUGACAUUAGUGUCCCCGAUUUUAGCUUAAGCCUUAUUUCUCCAAGAAGAGGCACUCUGCUGAAAGCCUUUGCUAAUGUUUGCUGUCCUUCAACAAUGAGUCGCAUAUCAAAAAUGAAGGCGAUCCCUGAGAAGUGAAGAGAAGAGAGAUGUCCUAGGACAAAUAGGCUUCCAUGUGCCCAUACCAUCUACAGUUUUAUAUGUGAAGAACAGAAGUGUCAGAUCCCUCUGGAACUGAAGCAGGGGCUCAUGAACCAUCUGAUGUGUGUGCACAUCUACUUGUGUCUUUCUCAAGCUCCUUAGGCGAAACAAACUUGGCUUUGCUUUUGCUUCUCCAGCACAUUAUGCAACUCUAUGUGCCCUAAUUGACUGCACAGCAGUUACAAAAUGAUGUAGGUGUCUGCUAUUCCAAACAGAGAAGGCAUUCUUGAGAAACAGGACUGGAUUUGCCCUGUAGUCCCAGCGCUCAUCACAAGGUCUAGUAAGCAUUAAUGAUGCACAUGCUAACUCCUCCCUAGCGCUUUUUCUAACUUGAUGACAUUUACUUAGAUAGCUAGUACAUGUGGAUGGGAAGACAUGGAGUGAGAUGCGGGGAAGGGGAGAAGAAAAUAAAGGGUGGAGAUGAUUUCACUUGUCUCCGAUUGAAAGCCUGAAUGUCUCUCAACAAAUUUAAAUGAAUUGAAAAAAGCCAAUAUUUGUUAAUAACUUGAUUAAUUAUAUCAAUGUUUUAAUUUCACAAAAUAAAGUU